UUACUUAGCAACGACGAACGCUCUGAUCGUGCUCCGCUUGCUUGCUGUGUGCUAGCCUUUUAUAUAUGUCAAUGGUGCUACCUUGGAAAGCACCGAAGCCCAAAACAUGGAUGAUGAAGACGACCUGGACGAACUGCUAGAUGAAGUUGAAAAAAAGUUUUGUCGCAACGUUUCUGUCGCAUCUUCGGCUUGCGUGGACCAGAGCGAGGCUGGCAAAUGCAGGAGAGACAACGAAGGGCACAGAAAACACAGUGCCACAAAACCUGAACAGCCGAUAAACACUGACGAUAUUGACGCGCUUCUGGAAGAACUACUGGAGGAAGACUUCUGCGAUUCCCCUCAACUAAAGACUGAAGCAUUUCCUAAAGGAACGCAAGCAGAGAAGAAGCUGCCGUCUCAGUCUGGGGGGAGAAAGUGCUGUCCGGUGUUCGUUGGCGGGAGCUCUGUCACAAACGGUGUAGGAACAGCCACAUCCAAGAGGUCAUGCCACCAGUUGAGGUGUACUUCCUGUGACUUCCGGGUGCUGAUGUUUGAUGACUGUGAGUGGGACGUGUCCUGUGAUUACCUGUUCCUCAGGAACAACAUGCCGGACCGUCAGAAGCUCAGAGCCAAGCUGAAGAAGAGGAGAGGUUUGCGGGCGUACGCCUGCCAGUGCAGCUGGUUCUCCACGUCGGAGCCGACGGACCUCCGAGACCAACCGCAGCUCCGAUGGGUCUGUGGCAAACACCAGGACUGAUGUUCAAGGCUGCUUAAAAACGUAUAAACUCACUCUGGAUAACAGAAAUGUCACGAACAGAGAAACUUCUUUACUUAGCUGAUAUCUGUCUUUUGCUCCGUCCAUCCAUCUACUCGACUUCAGCAGCCUUUUCAGAGACAAAAUCCAUCUUCAGACAGAAACAUUUGCGCUGAAAUGGAUCUUCAAGUUCGGAACAUUGGCGAAGUUUUCAUCCCAAUAUGUAUGAGAAACAGUUGACCGCUUCAUUACAGUGGUAUGUGCUUUUAAGAGCUUUAUCAUCUCCUACAGUAUAUACACUUAGUUUGAUUUUCAGCCUCACAAGACCCUUAAAUUCUCAAGGCACUGAUGUCUUAAAUGGUUAAACAUUAGGGAUGUAACGAUACACUCAACUCACUAUUCAACACGAUUCACGAUUUGUUCGAUAGUGACGUCUGAAAUCAAACGAGUGAAAUCUAAAGUAGAUUACGCCUUAGGCCGUUUAAAAAAACUGCAUCGUGAUACAUUUUUUUUUAUCUCAACCGAUUCACGAUGCAUCGUUACAUCCCUAUUGAACAUGUAUGUCUGGUUCAUAAUGCAUCUAAUUCAUCUAGGAAACAUCGUGAUAUCUGUGUAGCUGAAGAGGAACCAUACAGUACCUCUAAGGAAGGCAGAAUAUCUUCUCUAACACACGCUAAUAUCGACAUAAUGUGUUUUUUUUUAAAUGUCAAACAGCUUUAAAUGGUUAAAACCCCAGAAAUCAGAGCACCAACACAUGACAGCAUACGCUAAUUCUGAUGUCAUAUCCAUGUCUAUUUUUUAUACCGUAUUGAUAAUUUGUCUCAUCCUAACUCAUUUUCUGAGCUGUGCUUGUCGACCCUGAAGAUCUUGAUUACUACAAACUCCAGCAAUCAGUGUCUCCUUGACGCAGAUAAUUAUAAUUCAUAUAAUUCACAUAACUUUAUUUAUCCGCUGGGGGCAAUUUUAAAGCACAAGAUCUAUAGAUCAGACAGAUAAGUAAAUUAAUAACACAACCGUUAGAUGUGUUAGGACUUAAAAAUCAGUUGUAUUUCAAUCAGUCUGCUCAUUUUUUAUUUAUUUUUUGUGAUUAACAAUUUUUUAUUUUUUAACAUGCAACUUUGAACAUGAACAACCCCCCCCCCCCCCCCCACACCACACACACACACACACACACACACACACACACACACACACACACACACACACACACACACACACACACACACACACACACAAUAACACAGCCUGCCUGUAUUUAAUCAAUUACUAACACAUUAUGGAAUGGAUUUUUUUCUUUUGACAGUUUUCAGCAAUGAUCCUUAGUGAUAAUCUGCAGAAUUUAACAGACUGUAUUUCUGUUUUGGGUGGAAAUGUAAUUAACAUUCUGAGUUUAUUUUUAUUUAAUUUGUUAAAAACUCUGCGGAGAAAUUCUG